CUCUUUCAUCGUAUUAUAAGUAUUCUGAAUAGCCAUAGUCAUACCUUAGACUUUGCUGUCGUUUCUUCUGUGAAGCCAUAGCUUGUAACUCACAAGCCAUCUUUUUAGCUCAUCUUGACGACACCAGUAGCCUGUGUGUCCUGGAAGAUUUUGUUUGAUUGGAGCUGCGACAACAAACAGCUUGUGGCGAUGAAGUUGUACAAUCUUCUCUUUACGGCGCUUUUGAUACCGUCAGUCAUUGGUGUGUCCGUUGCUCCAAAACCUAAACCUGGCCCACUCGGUCCCCUCCCGUCUUGGCCAGGGCAAUCAACUAAGGAUCCAACUCCACGUUUCAAGGCCCCUCCCAAGACCUUUCAGCCACCACCACCACAAUCACAGCCGGAUCCGGUUUACCAACUCCAGAGAACACAAGAUCCCAACCAAGUGGUGCCAGACGUCUUCGGGAAUUCUCUUGUCUCGUACAGCAACCUUCCUGAAUCUGCACAAAACAAAUAUUACUAUAUCGAUUUGAUAAACGAAGUAAAUCGCUGGAGACUGUACACCAGUGUCCGAUUGCAGACGCAGAAAACGUAUAUCCUCCAGCUGAAUGCGACGAACAUGCCCCUUGGGUCUAAUUACACUAUUCAGACCGUAGAGUAUAACACAUACUACUCACCAAGAUAUUGGCAGAGCGCCUGGUACCAAUAUAAAGCUGCUGAUGACAAAACAGAUCACUCAACAGACCAUGAUGUAUCCGCAUUGGAGGUCGAGGAUAGUUUAGACGCAUCGUCGUCAUUCACAACAUCGCCUUCCUCUACGAGGUCAUCUUCUUCCACAGGAGCAUCUUCUUCAGAUACGUCCUCAUCAGAUACACACUCCGCUGGAGUAUCCGCCGGUCCAUACAUUGUUACCUUGGCAGGUGCAUUGGCAAUCGCCAUACUGUAUGCAAUGAUGGAUAAAUAGCUGACAAUGCAAGUGUAAAUACGAUAGAGACUGUACGUAGGUGGGCAGAAGGCUGAUGGUCGAAAGCAAAGUGAUAAUGGAUGAGAGUUCAAAAACCGAAUUUCAUUCUCUGUGUUGAACUGCUGGGCACAGACAUCACGUUGGAGUCCAGUAAUAGUGGUGUGAUAGGUUGCUACUGCACCUUUUUCAGUUUUUCGGCCCAUAGGCGUCUAUAAGAAUAAUGCCGAGGAGUUUGAGUCGCC